CGCAGGGUUUAAGCCUCCAGAACCUCCUUCCAGAGCGCAAACGAGAAAAGCUCCAAUUUUUAGGGUUUGCCGAUCUCCAUCUCCAGCCAUGUCUCUCUUCCGCCUCCUCAGCCGCUCUCUCCGAUCAUCCUCUUCGAUUCCCUCCAAUGCUUUGAUCUUCUCCACUUCCUCCCGCUCCUUCGCCUUCUCCUCUGCCGAAGAGGCUGCCGCCGAGCGCCGCCGCCGCAAGCGCCGCCUCCGCAUCGAGCCCCCUCUUCACGCUCUCCGCCGUGAUCCCUCCGCUCCUCGCCCUCCUCGCGAUCCCAACGCCCCUCGCCUUCCUGACUCCACCUCCGCCCUUGUCGGCCCCCGCCUCAACCUCCACAACCGCGUGCAGUCCCUCAUCCGCUCUGGCGACCUUGAUUCCGCCUCUGCCACCGCCCGCCAUGCCGUUUUCUCCUCCACUCGCCCCACCGUCUUCACCUGCAACGCCAUCUCCGCCGCCAUGCUCCGUGCUGGCCGGCUUGAGGAUGGUAUCAAUCUCCACACCUUUUUCUUCGUCCAAUCCAACCUCGUUCCCAACGUUGUCUCCUAUAACAUUCUUAUCAAUACCUUUUGCGAGGCUGGGAACGUCGAUGAGGCGCUCAAGGUGUACCAGCACAUCCUUGCCACAGCCCCUUUCUCUCCCUCGGCUGUCACCUAUCGCCAUCUCACCAAAGGCCUUAUUGAUUCCAAUCGGAUUGGUGAGGCCGUGGACCUCCUCCGCGAGAUGCUCAGCCGCGGCCAUGGUGCCGAUUCCUUAGUGUACAACAACCUCAUUGCCGGAUUCAUUGAUCUUGGGAACAUGGACAAGGCCCUUGAGCUCUUUGAUGAGCUUCGGGAACGAUGCAAGGUUUACGAUGGCGUUGUCCAUGCUACCUUCAUGGAGGCUCAUUUCAAGCAGGGGAAGGACAAAGAAGCCAUGGAUUCUUAUCAAUCCCUUCUUGAUCUUCAGUUCAAGAUGAGUCCUGUGACGUGCAAUGUUCUCCUUGAGGUCCUUCUGAAGCAUGAGAAGAUCAAGGAGGCAGAGAAGCUGUUUGAGCAGAUGCUGGAUGCCCAUACUCCUCCAAGCUUCACUGGUAUCAAUACUGACACCUACAACAUCAUGGUGAAUGAAUGCUUUAAGAAAGGCAGGUUUUUGGAGUCAAUUGAAGUGUUCCACAGGACAGGCAAGAAAGCGUGUGCUAUGGAUGUGGGGUGCUACAAUAAUAUAAUUGUAAAGCUUUGUGAGAAUGGCUUGGUGUCGGAGGCAGAGAAGCUGUUUGAUGAAAUGCACGGGAAGUCUGUCAUCCCGAACGCUGCAACCUAUGGGUUUUUGAUUGAAGGAUGUCUUGAGGUAGGGAGGAUCGAAGAUGCAUUAAACUAUUUUGAGAAGAUGGCGAGUGGUGGGGAUGGUGCUCCUAAGGUUGAUGUGAGUUUCUAUAAUAAGAUGUUUGAAAGGCUGGUGAAGGUAGGAUCGGUUAGUAGUGCCAUGGAGAUUUUUGGGAAAAUGGGUGAAAGAGGACUGAAGCCAAAUUCAAUGAGUUAUGAACUUUUGAUUGAUGGACUUUGCAAAGAAGGAGAUUUGGACAGAGCCAUACAUUUGAUGGAAGAGAUGCUACGGUCUGGUGCCAGUGCUUCUCCUGAGUUCCGUGAGAGGAUAAUGAAUGCCUUUGCGCAAGCAGGGCGUGUUGAAGAGGUUGAAAGGAUGCUUGGAGAGAAAACAGGCUCUUUUGUUCCUCAAGCCCAGCAGGUAGCUGCCUGAUCCAUAUACACUUAUAAAUCACUCAAACCACCAUUUUUCCUAUUAGGAAGCUAGAGGGAAGUUACGUUCUGAUAAAAUAUUGAUGUUGGCUUGGCUGUGAACCUAAAAUAUUCUAUCUAAAUGGCAUGACCUAUGAGGUGACAAUUGUUCUUGGGACUUCACUACCAGUGAGAAUACAUUAUUGUGCUAUAGUAGUGGGAUAUCUCACAGAUGUGAAUUUGUUAAGUCUUCCUAGCUGAUCAAAUUAAUUGUUCAUCUUGUCUGACUUGGGUGUUGGACACAUUUUAGGUUGUUUUGGCCAAUAACUAAUUAUGUCUGCUCCUAUAUCUGAAAGACAUAGGAAUCAUUUUGGUA